AAUGUAAGAGAUUUGUCUGCAUCUUAGUAUAGUUACUUUGAAACAUCAACUAGUUUUAAAAUGUUACUGCAUGUUAUGUUAUGUUAUUGUAUGUUAUAUUAUGUUUUGUUGUGUUGUGUUGUGUCUUGCUUAAAAGCAACACAUGUUCUUUUCCAUUUAUUAAGUAUUUCUUGGUUGACAAUUCUAUGGUAUGAUAUGAUUCGAUCAAUAUCAUACCGUAUAUCAAUCAACAAAUAUAAUCAAUACAAUUCUGUGUAUGCAAUACAUAAUGGAAUACUGCAUCUAAGAUCAUGAAUUCUCUAUGUCUGGUUCAAAGACAUCUGAUCCAUAGAACUAUUACCACCCUGUGUUUUAUCAGUUCCAUGUUUUUUUACAUUAUUUCAACAGUAGGUGGAUCUACAGAAUCUUGUAUUGGCCUGUAUUUGAUUCAUAGUUAUGGAUACUGUGUGUGAAAAUUCCCAAAUUGUCAUAUUAUUUAGAAUGAAUUUUAACUCUUCCAAGAAGAUAUAAUAUUGACUCAGUCGUACAGGCAGCCUCUAGAGUUGGAGAGAAGAUCGGGCAUGUUAUCAGAUAAUGACAGGUUUGAAUGCAGCCUUUGGGAUGUCAAACUCUGCUACUGAAACUGAUCACUGAAAUGUAGAGGAUAUAGGGGAUAUAGUAGUCUUCUUCUUCUUCUUCUUCUUAGCCACAGCUGCCCACAUUUGUUUGUGUCAGGGUAUUUGAAAAAGAAAAUGACUGGAGACUUUGUACAAUGUAGCUGACGCCUAAAAACUUCAUUUAAAAUACUCAGACAGUAAUGGAAAAUGAAAGUGAGGAAAAAUAACCUUUAGUUGUCACAGUUAAGUUGAAGUUUUAAACAAUAAACAAUGACAGAUGGUGUGGUGGUUACUGGAAAAUCCUUAGAUCAUUUUUUCCAAUUUUAAGAACAGGCACCCAGAGAAGACGAAACAUAUUUGAUCUAAUCUGCAGCGAGGAACAGCUUUAUUUUGAAUAAAAGACCAAACAAACAAAUAAUAGUAAUAUAAAAAAAACAUUUCCCUUCCUCCAUCUGCCUCGUCUUCUAAAAGACAUAUUUAGUCAGAAGAAUCUCCUGGGAGUCCAAAAGCUUCAGAUAUUUUUAAACAAUUUACUAAAGGAAAAGUGUAAGUUGUUUCACAUCUGUUUUUGUAGUUGCUAAAGAGAAGGAACUCUUAAAACAAGCCAUGUGUUAAAAAUUAUUAAAUUAAGACCAGACACAGCAACUUGGAAUGAUUUGUGGAAAAGGUCUGUCACUGCCUCAGACUUUUGAAUGAAUUAUCUCGCAGUUCCGUCAUCUGCUGAGGAGAAACCGGCUCCACAACACGUGGAAAUCACUGCUGCAGCCAAACCAACAAAUGAAGCUGUGUUGCUGUCACUUCCUUGUUGUAAUAACUGGUUCGUACUAAGUUACUGACACAUAUGUAAGAUAUGACAUUCAACCUGGGUAUUAUCCUUAAAAGAGAAGAUUGUGAGAUUUAGGGAAUUACUUUAUAAUUGGCAGGGAGCGGCGCUCAAGUUAAAGCUAACCCUUAUGCUAAAGUCACACAAAAACGGGUUUAGUCCUAAAGGGAAUUAGUAGUCUUUGGUUAAUUAAUAAAUUCUGAGCUUAACUAACGUGACCUUUUGUGGGUUAACAUCCAGUUAGUGUCAGGAGUGGCCACCAGGUUGGUUUCAACACAGAGGCAUCAAUGCUGUGUUUGGCUAGAGUUGUGUCAAAGGUUAAAAGCUGAAUGUUUGCCUGAGCCUGCAGGUUUUUGGUGUCAAAUGGAAUUUUUCCUGCUGUUUCAACAUCUUCAAACCUGCUGAAUCACUUUGGUUUGAAGUGUUUUUUUUAUCAUAAAAAUCCUUUUAAAAACCAGUGGCCUUAAUGUCUACGGUUCAGACAAUCACUAACAAGCAAAAGGUUUAGCAAAAUGUCUUAAGAUGAAAUUGUUUUGCUAUUAUUGACAUAAUGAUUUUGCUAAUUUUGGCCUUCAUCAUCAACCGUCACUGUUUUUUGCCAUAUUUUCUUAUUUAAAGUAUUUCUGUGAGGUCUGUCUGCCUCUGCUGUGUAAUCAGUGUCAUCGGCCUCACCUGUGUCCUGUGAUUACCUGUUAAUCAGUCUCACUGCUGUCACCUGGUGCCUGGGUAUAUAUACCUCUCUCCCUCACUCAGUCUUUUAGGUUUGUUGUUCUGGGUUCAUGUGUUGUGCUCCUGUCAUGUGUCCCUGUCUGCUGUGGUAUCCCUUCAGUCUCUUCAGUGCUGUGGUUUGUCAAAAUGAUUUGCAGGGUAUUUUUCUUUGGUCUCCUGCUGGUUGGAGCACUCUCCUCUCCAACACCCCCAUCCACCUCACCUUCCACCACUAACUCCAUGGAAGGACCCUGUCGUAUCUUCAAUUCCGCCCGCUCUGCAGACUGUUUGGGCAGACAGCUCUCCACCAUUCCCUGGGAAACGUUUCCAACCACACUUGAAGACAUUGAUCUUUCCUAUAACAAACUCCAGACUGUCCUCGCCGACGACUUCCACCACCUCCCCAAGCUCCGGGUCCUUCAGCUGCAGUUCAAUAACAUCUCAUAUAUUCAUGAUGACUCAUUUAAAAACAACCCACUCCUGGAACAUCUGAACGUCUUCAACAACUCACUGGAGGAAAUCCCUGCCCGAGCCGUGACGCCUCUCUCUCAUCUUCAACAGCUCUACAUGUCCAACAACCUUUACCGAUAUGCCACUCUGGAUGAAGGCUUCUCCAAAUUAGCCAAACUCCAGGUUCUUUCCAUGGGUGGCCCCCUGGUGGAGGGUCUGAAGAAAUCGGAUUUCCAGCCCCUGAAGAACAUCAGGUUACAAGGGUUUGCGAUUAAAUGCUCUUCAAACCUGAGCUACUACGAGCCCGGCAGUUUAGAAGUCAUUCAGACGAGGCAGAUGGGAUUUGAUAUGGCCGUUGAUCAGAGGCCCCGUGCUCUUGUGCACAUGCUGCAUGAUUUGUACAACAAGAGUUUCACUGCCCUCCAGUUCAGGAAUCUCUUCGAGUUCAUGUACUACACUGGGGACGAAGACAUAUUUCAGGGUUUAAAAUACAUAACAGCGUAUCAGUUAAUCUUUCACAGAGGCAAAUACAACGAGAACCUCCUCAGAAUGGCUUUGACUAACUUACAAGUGGCUCCAAUCAAAAGACUGAGACUGCAGUACAUCGAUUUUGCUCGUUCACCCACUUUUGUUGAUAGCGGAGCAGGUUCAAGCAUCACUGACCUGAAACUUGACAGAUUGGAUCUUUGGUAUAUCAGCAAUCCUGAUGUGUUACGGUUUGACUGGCGUUUCACCUGGUUCAACAAAAUCAAAGAACUGUCCAUCCAGUACGUGUAUUUUAACUUUGUGCCCUGCGAUUCCUGGGCGGAGAUGGAAGGUAUUCAACUGCUGGACAUCUCCAACAAUCGACUACAAGAUAACUAUCUCUCCAACCAGCGGUGUGACUACAGGGGCUACAUGCCCAAUCUUCACACCUUUAACCUCAGCACCAACGAACUGACGAGUCUCAAAGAUCUCUCAGAUUUGACACGAGAAUUCAAACGCCUGACGGUGUUGGAUGUGAGCAACAACAAACUAGGAUCUGUGAAAAUGAGCCAAGGUUGUGUUUGGCAACCGAACUUCACUCGUUUUAUCGCUCACCACAAUUCCUUUGACAGUGAAGCCCUGAAUUGCCUGCCCACCACAGUGCAGUACCUGGAUUUGUCCUACUGUGACCUGGACCAGCUGAACAUGAGGUACUUUGAGAAGGCAGCCACACUGAAGGAGCUCCUGCUGACUGGGAAUAAAAUCAAGUUCAUCCCAUCGGACUGGAAAAGUCCCUCGCUGCAGUCACUAGCUUUGGAUGGGAAUUCCUUCGGCCUCAUCAGCACAGAGUCCUUCUAUGGAAUGCCCCGACUGUCCCGACUGACAGCUGGGAACAAUCCUUACCACUGCACGUGUGAGCUUCAUGCUUUUGUCCAGAACACGGUUUUAAAAGGGAUGGUCAAUUUGACAGACUGGCCCUGGAACUACAGGUGCUAUCACCCAGAAGCCUUCCUCAACACGGUCAUCUCCAAAUACCUGCCCAGCGAAGUGUCCUGUGACAUCAGACUGGUUAUCAUCAUCUCGGUGGCCACCACAACAGCCGUCAUUUUAAUCUUGGUGCUGAUCUGCUACAUCUUUGACCUACCGUGGUACACCAAGGCUACCUACCAGAUCAUCAGGGCCAAAUACAGAGCUCAUAAGGAGAAGGCAGCAGGAGAGAUGUCGUCGUUCACCUACCACGCCUUUAUAUCAUACAGCCACUGUGAUGCCGAGUGGGUCAGGGAACAGCUACUGCCCUGUUUGGAGAACAACAGGAACCCUUACCGUUUGUGCAUUCAUGAGAGGGAUUUCAUGCCUGGAAAGUGGAUCAUUGACAACAUCAUUGAGAACAUUGAGAGCAGUAGAAAGGUUAUUUUCAUCCUCUCGCGGCACUUUGUCAACAGUGAGUGGUGUAACUACGAGCUGUACUUCGCCCAGCAGAGAGCCAUGGGAAAGACUUUCAGUGACGUCAUCCUGGUGGUGAAGGAGCCCAUUGACCCCAGCUCUCUUCCCAGCAAGUACUGCAAGCUGAAGAAGAUGCUGAGCACCAAGACGUACCUGGAGUGGCCCCAGCAGGUCAACCAGCAGGCGUUCUUCUGGGAGCAGCUCAGGACCGUUCUAGGCAAGCCCACCAUGAACCAAGAAAGAGGGCACAGCGUGAAGAGCAGAACCUCAUCGGUGGGGGGUGUUUCUGUGAUUGUGUGUCCCGAAGAGGGUGAAACUCCAAAAACAGCCCAAAAUAACACAAAUCAAGAAAAGAACAUCACUUUUGUGAAAGGCAGUAAUGAGUUGUCAAAUGAGAGGCAGAUACCAGUGGUGGUGUUUUAACUAUGGAAAUAGAGAUGUUAUCAUGGCUCUACAGUAUUGUCUAGGUUAAGAGCUGAGCUCAAGUAACCCCUGUGUGAGUGCUGAAUGUCAAGCUGUGAGCAAAAGCCAAUGUCUCAUUAAGACGACAGGCCAUAACAUGAUCACUACUUGCCCAUGGCAUUCUGUCAUGUUACCUCUGGAGUGCCGAGCCGAUGCCCUUUGCUCCACUCUCUCUCUCAGCGUCCAGGGCCCGGUGCCCCUCUGACAGGCGUUGAAAGGCCACAAACCCGUCGGCUCAAAUUAAUUCUCCCCCUGUUGCACUCUGGAUAACAAGCUAGGUGCCCGGGAAGAUGUGGUGACAGCUCCCACAUUGUUAAAAAAGCACCUUUGUCUGUUACACUCCUGACUCUUGGAAGAAUGAGAUCAUCGUAAUUCGUUCCUGCUCCAAUGUCUCCCUGCCAAGUCAAAGGCCAGGCAGGCCAUAUGAUGCCAAUACUCCGCUCAGCGCAGUGUUAAGGGGGAGAGACCGGUGCAACUGCUGACCCACGUGGGCACAUUAAAGCAGAGAUAAAUAGUGAAUGUUGGCAGAUUAUUGGAUUCAGCGGCUCGUGCUGGCUCAUGAGUAUAGGCAGAGCUCAGUGAUAGAACACUGCACAGCAAAGAGGUUCAGACAGAAGUGAGGGAUUUGUGUUGUGAGUCACCCAAACUUGUUUGCUGCAGUGCUUUGAACGUGCACUAAUUAACUUUUAAUGUUGAAGCAGCCCUCAGUGGACGGUGCUGGACUUUGAAUUGGACCGGCUCUUUAUUAAAAGACUACGUGCACAGCCAUGUAUUCACUUAUGUUUAAUUAGUGCCAGUCUAAUUCAACUGACUCUGACAAUCUAAGUGAUAGUCUUAGUCCUGAGAGGUCUUUGUCGUAAGACGUAAGACGACAGUUGGCAGAAAUAUGUGUUUGUGGUUGCCAGCAGGGGGCAGAAGAAGAGGCGAGUGCCAUAAUGUCUCCCAUAAAAUAUGGAUUUGUAAGUUAGCACUGAACCCUAUCAUGGAGAUAAUUAGCAAUAGUAAGGGAAAUGAUUAAGAAAAAAUGUUGCAAGGACAUAAAUCUGACGGUUUUUAAACCUUCAAGUGAUUAAUGUUACAACUCAAGUGAAAACCUGGUUUGAUAAUAUUAUUAUAACAUACCAACAAAAAAAUGUUGUUGCCAAUGUACCAUAAAAGAGUUGUGACAGAGACCAAAAAAGAAGCCACAGGGCAAGUGGCCUGUAGGUGGUGCCACUGCCUUUGUUGUUUUUGGUUAAUAUGUCUUAUUUUAUAGACAGUAAAUUGUAUGAGAAGAACCCCACAAUUUCCAAAAAUAUUUUUGAAGCAUGAGAGAAAGUGUGAAGUCAAUGUGCGUAUGAAUGUAUAAACGCUGUGUAAAUGUGUUGUAUACCAUAAGUUAAUUAAAAUAAAUGUGUUUAUGCACUUGUUAUAAGGAAAUACCUAAAUACACAGAAUGUGCCUUUUUGACUUUGAAAAUGCUGGACAUUCAUUAUUUUUGAACUAUUGGUGUUUUUUUAUUUUUUAUUUUUAUUUCAAUCAAAUAAAAAAGGAUCUAUUUUUCAUCUUCUUGUCUGCCUCAAAGAAUGUGCCGGAUCUCCCAGUGUUCAGGCUGUUUUUUUUUUUUUGUUUGUUUGUUUGGUUUUUUUUGGGAAUAAAGAAAGACAUUAUGUUCCUUGUCUUUACAAAUGUGUCAGGAUAUCAUCAAUAAUGUACUAAAAUGUUACAUUCAAGAAUUCAACAUUACAUGCAGAUGCAGUAUGUGCAGGUAUUGAUUGAAUCUCGUGACCGUGUCCCAUCAUCUGUGACUUUAAAUGGGUUUACGAUCAGUCGUUUGACUCUGUGUCAUUUAGAAUUUUUACGAGCUGAUCAUGUCUAACUGACACCACUGUUCACUGUGUUUCUAUGAAAACGAAUGCACUGAUAGCGCUGCAGGAAGUUCAUAGGUGUACAGUUUGGCUUGUGUUUCCUGUUUAGGAAGCU